AAGAUCCUGAGUAUGCUUCCAUCCCAGUCCAUCAGUUUGCAGACCAUGUAGCCAAAUUACAUGCUGAUGGUGAUCAUGGGUUUUCUGGAGAGUAUCAGGCCAUCCAACAAGCUACUGACCUUGAUUUGUCCUUUCAACAUUCCCAGAUGGUUGAAAACAAGAACAAAAACAGAUAUGUUAACAUUGUUGCUUAUGACCACAGUCGUGUUAUAUUAAAACCUUUGCCUGUACAGAAGAGGUUUUCUGAUUAUAUUAAUGCCAACUACAUAGAUGGUUAUGGAAAAGCACGAGCCUACAUUGGCACUCAAGGACCAUUACCUUCAACAUUUGAUGACUACUGGCGUAUGAUUUGGGAACAGCGAGUUUACAUCAUUGUGAUGAUUACAAACCUUGUAGAACGAGGACGAAGAAAAUGUGACAUGUAUUGGCCCAAAGAAGGGAAUGAAGUGUAUGGCAUCAUUCAAGUGAAGAUGAUCAGUGAGGUUACCAUGGCAACUUACACACUUCGUACCUUUACUAUUCGAAACCUCAAGAUUAAAAAAGUAAAAACAAAUUUUCUAAUAUAAAUAAAGGAACAUUGGAAACAAUUUUAUUAUUUGGUUAAUGCUGGGGUUGGUAGGACUGGGACAUACAUAGUUAUUGAUGCUAUGUUAAAGCAAAUCAGCCAUCGACAAAGUAUAAACGUAUUUGGUUAUCUAAAGCACAUACGACAGCAGAGGAACUUUCUGGUUCAGACAGAGGAUCAGUAUAUCUUUAUCCACGAUGCUUUGCUCGAGGCUAUUGAGAGUGGAGAUACUGAAGUUUCAGGGAACCAACUGCCUCGCUACAUCCAGAUGCUACAGACAGCUGAUAGUGUAGAUGGAGAGAAGGGCCACUGGCCUUUACUGGAAAAACAGUUUAAGUUGGUGACAGCAUACAAACCUAAAGACUUCAGUCUAACAUCUGCAAUGAAGUCUUGCAAUAAGUUGAAGAACCGAUCUCUAGAUUUAUUACCUAUGGAGUCAUACAGAGUCCACAUCACUCCAAAACCAGGAACAGAUGGUUCAGAUUACAUUAAUGCUACUUUCCUUCCAGGUUUCAACAAGCUGCGGGAAUUUAUUGUGACACAGCAUCCAGCUUAUGAUAGCAUUGCAGACUUCUGGCAGAUGGUAUGGGACCAUAACUCCCAAACAAUUGUCCUGUUAUCACCAGUGGAUGAAAAGGAAUAUCCAUCUUUCUGGCCAGGAAAGGAUGAAGAGCAUGAUUAUAGCACGUUUAUUGUGAAGCUGACUGAGGAGUGUUCUCAGGAAAACUUCAUUACAAGGGACUUUAUUCUUCAGGCUGUUGAAGAUGAGUAUGAAGUGAUGUGUCGGAUUAUACAAUGUGCUGGUUGGCCAGAGUCCUGUUCUCCACUCAGUAGUGUGUUUGAUCUGAUUAAUGUAGUUCAAGACUGGCAUUUGGAAUACCAGAAUGGGCCUAUGGUGGUCAUUGAUAGAUUUGGAGGCACAGAAGCUGGGACAUUCUGUUGUCUGUCAACACUCUUCAAGCAGUUCAAAUAUGAGCACUCUGUUGAUGUGUAUAUGUAUGCCAAACUCUACCAUACUUGUAGGCCUGGUAUUUGGAAGACUCAGGAUGAUUAUCUUUUCCUUUACCGUGCUUUGGAAAGCAAGACUGAGAAUAACACUCAUAUUGAAACUGAGCCCUGUUUAGCCAACCCUGUGGUCCCAACUAAUGGGCAUCUCACCAGUAAUGGACAUGUGGUGAAGUUGGAUACCAGUUCCCAAAAGAGUGACAGCCCAGCUUGAUAGUUCUUAAAUAAAAAAUACUUUCAUCUUGUUUUCUGUGGUGUAGAGAUAUGAAGAAAGUACCAGUAACUUCGCAUAAAGUCAUAAGUGUAUCUUUGCUCUGUGGGAAAACUGACAAACAACAUAUUAUCUGUGCUUGAAUAUGAAGACAAUGUCAACUAUUUGUGUAUGUAGCAAAGUAUCUCUCAACUUCUAAGUGUAAAUGAAGUACUACUAAUGUGUAAGUGUGAAUAUGGUACUAUUAAACUUCUUUAAGUAUAAUGGAAAUACCACAAGCAUAUAAGUUUAAAAAUGCACCCAACAACGUUUUGGAACAAUAAAAUCAAGUAUUCAUGUAGUAUUACAGUAAAAUUCUGAGUGUGAAAUGACAGCCAACAACUGAUGUUUUUAUUGUGUGAAUAAAAAAUGAUAUCUAACAAUCUACAGGAUUGUGGAUACAGAGCUUUUUGAAGUGGCUUUGUAAUUAUCAUCAGACAUUUGCCAGUUACAAGACAAUGUUGUCCAGUGUACAC